AUGGCAGACAAACAGGCUCAUGAAAUCAUUGUCGUCUAUUUCAAGGAUGGUAUUGAUUAUAAAGAGCAGCUUGAUACGAUGAAGCAGAUUGGGAUUAAUUCCUCCAAAACUGAUGGAUUUAUUUCUCGGGAGAUGUUCCAUUGUGAGCCUGAUAAUCGCUGGGUUGACUAUUUCAUUUGGCGCGACAUGGCGGCGGCAGAUGAGUCGAUUAAAAACUCCAAGGUUAUUCCUGGUGCUACCGAGCUCUUCGCCAAGAUCGAUAGCGACAAGAGCGUCUGGUCGCGUUAUUAUAAAGUGGUCGAUGAAUAG